AUGGGUGUCCUCCAGGAUCUUAACCUCAAGCCCGGCGUCAUCUACGGCGAUGAUGUCCUGAAGCUCUUCACCUACGCCAAGGAGAAGGGUUUCGCCAUGCCCGCCGUCAACGUCACCUCCUCUUCCACCGUUGUCGCUACCCUCGAGGCCGCCCGCGACUCCAAGUCGCCUGUCAUCCUGCAGUUCUCCCAGGGCGGUGCUGCCUUCUUCGCCGGCAAGGGCGUCACCAACAGCGCCGAGAAGCAGGAGGCUUCCGUCGCCGGUGCCGUUGCGGCCGCUCACUACAUUCGCGCCAUCGCUCCCGUCUACGGCGUCCCCGUCGUUCUCCACACCGACCACUGCGCCAAGAAGCUUCUGCCUUGGCUCGAUGGCAUGCUCGACGCCGAUGAGGCCGAGUUCAAGAAGAGCGGCACUCCCCUCUUCUCUUCCCACAUGAUCGAUCUCUCCGAGGAGGAUGUUAAGUGGAACAUUGACACCACCGCCGCCUACCUCAAGCGCUCCGCUCCCAUGAAGCUCUGGCUCGAGAUGGAGAUUGGCAUCACCGGUGGUGAGGAGGAUGGCGUCAACAACGAGGACGUCGACAACAACUCCCUCUACACUCAGCCCGAGGAUAUCUGGGCCAUCUACGAGGCCCUUUCCGCCAUCAGCCCCUACUUCUCCAUUGCCGCUGGCUUCGGCAACGUCCACGGUGUCUACAAGCCCGGCAACGUCAAGCUUCACCCCGAGCUGCUGAGCAAGCACCAGAAGUUCGUCGCUGAGAAGCUCGGCAGCAAGGAGGAGAAGCCCGUCUUCUUCGUCUUCCACGGUGGCUCCGGCUCCACCGUCGACGAGUUCCAGCAGGCCAUCAGCUACGGUGUCGUCAAGGUCAACCUCGACACUGAUCUGCAGUGGGCCUACCUCACCGGUGUCCGUGACUACGUCACCAAGAACAUUGACUACCUGAAGACCCAGGUCGGCAACCCCGAGGGCGCCGAUAAGCCCAACAAGAAGAAGUACGACCCCCGUGUCUGGGUCCGCGAGUCCGAGAAGACCAUGACCGUCCGCGUCAAGGAGGCCCUCGACCACUUCAAGGCUGCCGGCUCUUUGUAA